AAGACAUGAGCAGAGUUUACUUCUGUCGUUUGUUGCUAGUAAUGUCGCCAGUGGCCGCUCCAUACCUUCAUUUUGACGACUGGCUUUGUUGUGUGUUUUGAAUGCGGCUGUUUGUGACUCACAUUAAAUCUUUCCAAGCAAAACCACAUGAUACGUUUCGUCCCGAGACUUAAAGAGCAGCCGAGAUUUUGGGCAACAGUGAAGAGAGGUAACCAUCAUCAUCAUCAUGCUGCUGGGGUUGUUCUGUCUCAUUUUGGCAUCCUGUUGCACCGGGGAGUCAAAGAGAAGAAAUGUCCUUCUAAUAAUUGCUGAUGAUGCAGGUUUUGAGACGGAGGUGUACAACAACUCUGUGGUCCACACCCCCCACCUGCACUCCCUGGCCCAGCGCAGCCUGGUGUUCAGCAACGCCUUCACGUCUGUCAGCAGCUGCUCCCCCAGCCGUUCCACCAUCCUCACUGGCCUGCCGCAGCAUCAGAAUGGCAUGUAUGGGCUUCACCAGGGAGUGCAUCACUUUAACUCGUUUGACGGUGUACAAAGUCUGCCGCUGCUCCUCAGCCAGGCCAACAUACACACAGGUAUAAUUGGGAAGAAGCACGUCGGUCCUGGAUCUGUAUACCCUUUUGAUUUUGCCUACACAGAGGAGAACAGCUCUGUCCUUCAGGUGGGGAGGAACAUCACCCGCAUCAAACUCCUGGUCCGCAAGUUUUUCCAGACCCAUAAAGAGGAAGCCAUUGAGCAAAGGCGAAAGAAAGAAGAGAAUAAAAACGACAGUGAUGAUAACAGAGAUGAAGAGAGGCCGUUUUUCCUCUAUGUUGCCUUUCAUGACACCCACCGAUGUGGACACUCACAGCCCCAGUAUGGAGCUUUCUGUGAGAAGUUUGGGAAUGGUGAAAUGGGAAUGGGAAGAAUACCUGACUGGACACCAGUAUAUUACACACCAGAUCAAGUAAAGGUUCCUCCCUUUGUGCCAGACACACCUGCAGCACGAGCAGACUUGGCUGCACAGUACACCACAGUGAGCAGGCUGGAUCAGGGUAUUGGAUUAGUUCUUCAGGAGCUCAGAGAUGCCGGUUAUGAGAACGACACUCUGGUCAUCUACAGCUCAGAUAACGGCAUCCCCUUCCCUAACGGCAGAACCAACCUGUAUCGCUCCGGGACAGCUGAACCCAUGCUGGUGUCCUCUCCUGAGCACAGGGAGCGAUGGGGAGACACCAGCCAGGCCUACGUCAGUCUUUUAGACAUUACUCCCACCAUUCUGGACUGGUUCUCUGUUCCCUACCCAUCCUACAGCCUCCCUGGCAGCCCCGCCACCCCGGUCCACCUCACUGGUCGCUCCUUACUGCCUGCUCUGGUCUCUGAGCCCAGCCACUGGCACACUGUCUACGCCAGCCAGUCCCUCCACGAGGUGACCAUGUACUACCCAACCCGCUCUGUCCACCAGGGGGCGUACCACCUCCUCCACAACCUACACUACCGCAUGCCGUUCCCCAUCGACCAGGACGUGUAUGUGUCACCCACCUUCCAGGACCUGCUAAACCGCACCAGACUGAGUCAGCCGACACACUGGUUCAAAAACCUGGAGCAGUAUUACUACAGAGACCGCUGGGAGCUGUUUGACUCCAGGGCAGACCCACUGGAAACAAAGAACCUGGUAUCAGACCCAUCCUACAGUGCUGUGCUGGAGAGCCUGAGGCAGAGUCUGCAGAAGUGGCAGUGGGAGACAGGAGACCCCUGGGUCUGUGGACCAGACUAUGUCCUGGAGGACAAACUUGAGCCGCACUGCAGACCACUCUACAAUGGACUCUAAUGGUACUUUCACUCUUCCUGAUUGACAUGAUGUCCACAUACAAGAACGUAGGAUAAGAUAAAUGAUGUCUUUUUGUAUAUAUAUUUUUAUAUGUCAGUGCUGCUUUUAAAACUCAAUAAAUAAAAUUGAAGUUGCCUUAA